AUGGCAAGCAAUGGCUUGAGUAUGUUUCAAUUUCCUCGUCUUACCAAAGAGAAUUAUGAUAAUUGGUGUCGUCGCAUGAAAGCCUUGUUAGGUUCUCAAGAUGCAUGGGAGAUUGUAGAGAAAGGUUAUACCCAACCUCAAAAUGAGGCUAUUUUGUCACCAAAUGAGAAGGAGACUUUGUUGAAGUCGAAGAAGAAGGAUCAACAAGCACUUACUUUCAUUCAUCAAGGUUUGGAUGAAGCUAUGUUCGAGUUGGUGUCAAAUGCAACCACAUCCAAAGAAGCAUGGGAGAUUUUGAAAACCUCCCUUGAAGGUGUUGAUAAGGUAAAAAAGGUGCGCCUACAAACUCUACGUAGAGAGUUUGAAUCAUUGCAUAUGAAGGAAUCCGAAUCUAUCUCAGAUUUUGGCAAUAAGGUGUUGGCUAUUGUGAACCAAAUGAAGCGUUAUGGAGAAAAUAUGGAAGAUGUUCGUGUGGUGGAAAAGAUCCUUCGCUCCUUAAUCACUAAAUUUGAUUAUGUGGUUUGUGCUAUUGAAGAGUCUAAGGAUUUAGACUCAAUGACCGUAGACCAAUUGAUAGGUUCUCUUCAAGCCUAUGAAGAAAGGUUCAAUAGAAGACAUGAUGAGCCAUUGGAGCAAGUCCUCAAAGCCAAAGCUUCUUUGAAAGAAAAUGGAGGAGAAAGUAGUCAAAAAACACGUGGACGUGGAAGAGGACGUGGUUGUGGACGUGGUCAUGGCCAAGGAAGAGGAGGAAGAGGAGAUCGUGAUAAUUUUGACAAUAAUGAAUGGAGGAGCCAUCAAUCCACUAGAAGUCGUGGAAGAGGAAGAGGAAGAGGUAGAAAUAAUUAUGAAAAAGCAUAUGAAAGGAGGUAUGAUAAAUCUAAUGUUGAAUGUUUUAAUUGUCAUAAAUAUGGCCAUUACUCUUGGGAGUGUAGAACAAAUGUUGAAGAGAAGGUCAAUCUUGUUGGUGAUAAAGAAGAUAAAGAAGUUGAAGAGUCAACACUACUACUAUCACUUAAUAAUGGUGAGAAGGAAGACAAAUGCUUAUGGUAUCUUGACAAUGGAGCAAACAAUCACAUGUGUGGAUGCAAAGAGAAAUUUGUGGAACUUGAUGAGAAGGUGAAAGGAAAUGUUUCUUUUGGAGAUUCUUCCAAGGUGCAAAUCCAAGGAAAAGGUGUUUAUGUCAAGAAAUAG